AAUUAUACGUAUAGGACAGUCAUUAGGGUCUUCAAUAUGUCUGUAUUUGUUUAUUUAUCGUUUAACUUCCAGUUUAUGACUGUAAUGAAGAUAUGUAAACGAUAGACUGUGGAAACACAUUAAUAUCAGUAUUUGAAUAAUUGAGGUCGAGUAAUGAAUAUUUAUGAGAAUAUUUGAUUUGAAUUGUGGAAAUAUCGCUGGAGAACGACACAUGAGCGUACUAUACAAAUUUCUAGGUGUUAAGAUAUAAAGCAUCUUUCUUAGAAGCAUCCUCUAUCGGAUCAGCAUGUUCGAUUGAACGAUAAAUGCAGGGAUUAUACUUCCCCCAAAUGCAGGGAUUAUACGCGAAUUACGUAUUUACCGCUGCAAGAACACGUCGUUGUAAAUUUCCAGGAAAUACAUUGUUUUCUAGCAUUAAUCAAACAACGAACAGCGGCAUUGGAACAUUCCUAUCUCAUUGCCGAUGAUAAAAGUAAUGGUAAUUUAAAUGUUAAGCCAAAAUGUUUAGCAAACACUGUGUACGCGGAGUUACACUCAGAUAAGCCACGAACUCAGAUAAUACGUUUUGCUUGUCAUAAUUUCCAACCUGUAUUUAGGUAUUCCAUAAAGUCCUACGAAGUAUUAUAUUGUUAUUUCAGGUUUGCAUGCCAUCCUUUAGUAUUUGUGAUACUCUACAAUACUAUAGCCAAGCACAGAUCAAAUAUUUACCGCUCCUAUAUCUAUUAGAAAAUAAUAAAAAGUCAACGCUCAAGGAGUUAAACAUUUCGAUACCAUAAGAAUAUGCGCUCUAAAAUUUGAUUGGCCGAACCGUUGAUGCGUAACAUCCGUUCUCGAUCGUGAUUGGCCGAAUCAAUGGACCGGAACGGGUGGUCAACCGUGACGGGUAGGAGUGGGGGUUGAGGGGUAUAUAUACCCCUAAUUUUUCAGGAGCUGCUCAUUCGAGUCCCUGCGACAACAGCGACGACAUGGAGUUCUUCAGGUCUUUCCUUCGCGUCAUUGGACUGUUGGCACCUGCCAAGGUAGACUUCAUCUCUGAACUGCCUCUGGAGGUAUCCCAACUGAUCCUUCGCAAGUUAGAUACUGAGUCUCUCUUGUGUGCUGCUCAAGUUUCGCGCAAGUGGCUGGACGUCUGCAGCUCUGACAAGAGCCUAAGACAGUCUGUGAGACGCCACAAGCGACGAAACAAGAAAAGAAUGCGAAAAGCUUUUCUAGGUAGAGGUGCUGCUGAACUACCAAAUGUGGACGUGGCGAGGAUGUUAUCUCAGAAGAAGAGGACACCCAGGCAAGUGCCUUGUGCCAGGAUAGAUGCCAACGUCCUGUUUGGAAGAACCCAGCAUCAUGAGCUUAGGAAGCUCAUGAAACAAGGUAGAGGGAGUAAGGUAGCUGUAAGAUCUAGAUGUAUGAGAAUGUAGUUAAUUAAUUUUAUUGUGACGUGUUUGUUCGAGCAAGUAUUGACUAUAUCAGUAACAUGAUGCAACAAGAUUUAGAAUAUUAUGUAUAAUAGAUUUAUUUUGACGCCUAUGUGAUAGGAUAUUGACAUUAUUAUUACAAAGUAAGUAGAUAUUUAUAAUAAUUUUAAUAUUUAUUUUAGAUAAAUUUUAUUUAAUGUACUUUAAGAAUUCGUAAUAUUAAUUAUUCCCAAUCCUGUGAUUCCCCUAAACCGCAACCAU